UUUAAAUUUGAUCAUAGGUUACGAUGAAGGCGUCAAUUUUGGUUUUGUCUUACAUAGUAGGCAUUGCCUACGCUGGUGUAUACACCGACCGUUUCAAUGUUCAAUACAAUAAAAUUCAUAGCAAGGGCUACUUCUCCCCCGAUGGUAUCCCAUACCACUCAGUGGAAACUCUGAUUGUCGAAGCCCCAGACCACGGUCACGAAACUACGUCUGAAGCUUUCUCUUAUUACGUCUGGUUAGAAGCUUUAAACGGUAAAAUUAAUUCCGAUUGGUCAACCUUUAAUAAAGCUUGGGAUGUCUUGGAACAUUACAUUAUUCCCGUAUCUGCCAGUCAACCUACAGCACAAUUCUACCAACCCAGUCAUCCUGCAACAUUCGCUCCAGAACUAGACACGCCUAACCAAUAUCCAUCCCCCAUUGAUAAUAGUAUCCCUGUAGGUCAAGAUCCUCUUCACCAAGAACUUGUCAAUGCCUAUGGUAAUAGCGACAUCUAUGCUAUGCACUGGCUUCUUGAUGUUGACAAUAUUUAUGGAUUUGGUAAUAGUCCCGGAAACUGUGAGAACGGACCUGGAACACCAGGACCAUCUUACAUCAACACUUUCCAAAGAGGGCCUAUGGAAUCCGUAUGGAGAACCGUUCCCCAACCAACUUGCGAUUCAUUCAAAUAUGGUGGUCCAAAUGGAUUCUUGGAUCUCUACACUAAAGAUAACAAUUAUGCUAAACAGUGGAAAUACACCAAUGCUCCAGAUGCUGACGCUCGUGCUAUUCAAGCUGCUUAUUGGGCUGGACAAUGGGCACAAGAAGCUGGACAACUAGGAACUAUCUCAAAUACUUUAUCUAAAGCGUCUAAAAUGGGUGACUACCUAAGAUACGCACUCUUCGACAAAUACUUUAAACAAAUUGGAAAUUGUGUCAGCCCUUACAGUUGUCCCGGAGGUUAUGGCAGAAGCAGUGCCCAUUACUUGUUGGGAUGGUACUUUGCAUGGGGAGGUUCUCUUGAUUAUAAUGGCGGUUGGGCAUGGCGUAUUGGAGAUAGUACUGCUCACUUUGGUUACCAAAAUCCAUUAGCUGCUUGGGCUCUUUCUCACGACCCCAACUUAAAACCUAGAGGAGCAACAGCUGUUUCUGAUUGGCAAACUUCUCUUGAUAGACAAAUCGAAUUCUACGAAUGGUUGCAAUCUGCAGAAGGAGCUUUCGGUGGUGGUGCCAGCAACAGUUGGAAUGGUCGUUACGAUACUCCACCAAGCGACGUAUCUCAGAACACCUUCCACGGUAUGUUCUACGAUUGGGAACCAGUAUACCAUGAUCCACCAUCCAACAGAUGGUAUGGUAUGCAACCUUGGUCUGUUGAUCGUUUGGCUCAAUACUAUUACGUAACUGGUGACUACAAGGCUAAGAAUCUUUUGGACAAAUGGGUUAACUGGGUUCUCGCUAACAUUAAAAUUGAUUCUGGUAAAUCAUACACUCUUCCUGAAACUCUCUCUUGGAAUGGAGCACCAGGAAAUUUACACGUUUCUGUUCAAACUUACUCUAGUGAUGUUGGUACUGGUGCCGCUACUGCUAGAACUUUGUCUUACUAUGCUGCCAAAGCUAACCACGCUCAAGCUAAACAAGUAGCCAAAGAAAUGUUGGAUAUUAUGUGGACGUCCCACCAAACAGACAAGGGUGUUUCUGUACCUGAAACUCCCGAUACUUACCACCAAUUUAACGAGCCUGUCUACGUGCCACCAGGUUGGACUGGAAGAUACCCUAACGGAGAUGUUAUUCAAAACGGGGCUACUUUCCUUAGCAUCAGGUCUUGGUACAAACAGGAUCCUAGCUGGCCAGCCGUCGAGGCUCACUUGAACGGUGGUCCAGCACCAACUUUCACCUUCCAUCGUUUCUGGGCUCAAGCUGAUAUUGCUAUUGCUCAAGGUACAUACGGUAUCCUUUUCAAUGAAUAAGUAUAAUAUAUUAAGAUAUAAGUAAAUAUAUUUUUUUUAUAAAUUAAUAGA